AUGGGUUCGACACAAAAACAAGGUCAACGGUUCGAAAAUUGGUCAAAACGGCUUGAGAAAAUAAACUUGGGUUCGGUUGAACCCAAGUGGCUGUGGGCUAACAAUUAUCAAAGUCUCAAAGAUAACCCGCCUUCUAUUAUACAACAAUCGAUUGUUUUGGAAGAAGACUCUCUCGUAGUUACAAAUGGCUCCUGGAUUAGUUCGGAAUUCAAGAACAAAAUUCAUAUCGAAUUCUCAGCAGAGUGUCAUAGAUCACAUGACGAAGACAGGAAGUUUAGCAAGGGACAAAGUGAACAAAGGAUUGCCAUUAACCUGCCAAAUGUUCGGUCUCCUCAAACUCAGCAAAAGGAGAGUACUUUUAUGCCAAAUAUCCAAUCUCCUCAAACUCAACAGAAGGAGAUGACUCUUGAAGGUACUCAGCAAAAUGAAAGCACUCCCGAUCCUCCAUCACAUCAGGGAAAUCAACAUUCUCAAUCACAGGAAGAUAUCAUUGGUACAUAG